GCAGGGCAUGACAGGCGGCGCCGGGUGGUGGCGUCAGCCGAGCGCCGCCUGCAAAGGAAAAAAAGCCGGGUUGCUGGGUGAGUGAGGAAGAAAGGGAGGGUGCCGAACACGGAAGUGAUGGCAGCGCCAUGGGAGCAAGUGGGGGCGGUGACCGCAUCGUCUGAGACCAGAACCCAGCGCCGAGGGAUGGCAGCUUGCAGAACGGCAUCCGCCUUGUAGGACCUACAGGAGGUGCAGGAGUGACUGGGCCAUCCUUCACCUUGGCGAACACCCAGAGUGAUGGCGAUGGUGAUGGCGGUAGCUACUCGGACAGCCCCAGUUAAGCUGCGCUCUGAAAGAUACAUCCAGAGAGUGCCCAGAAGAAACUCCCUGCUGGAAAAACUAAAAAAGCAGUAUUUUUAACAUUGCAAUUUGUGGACAAUUUAUUAAAAUGGCAGAAAAUAGUGAAAAUAAUAGCAAAAAUGUAGAUGUAAGGCCCAAAACUAGUCGAAGUAGAAGUGCUGACAGAAAGGAUGGGUAUGUGUGGAGUGGAAAGAAACUAUCUUGGUCAAAAAAGAGUGAAAGUUGUUCAGAUGCUGAAACAGUGAAUGCUAUAGAGAAAACUGAAGUUCCUUUAAGGAGCCAAGAAAGGAAGCACAGCUGUUCAUCCAUCGAGUUGGAUUUAGAUCAUUCCUGUGGGCAUAGAUUUAUAGGCCGAUCACUUAAACAGAAACUGCAAGAUGCUGUGGGGCAGUGUUUUCCAAUAAAGAAUUGUAGUGGCCGGCACUCUUCGGGGCUUCCAUCCAAAAGGAAAAUUCAUAUCAGUGAACUCAUGUUAGAUAAGUGUCCUUUUCCACCUCGAUCAGAUUUAGCCUUUAGGUGGCAUUUUAUUAAACGACACACUGCUCCUAUAAAUCCCAAAUCCAGUGAAUGGGUAAGCACAGACUUGGCUCAGAGUGAAUUGAGGGAUGGUCAGCUAAAACAAAGAAGAAACGUGGAAGAAGAGGUAAACUGCUUCUCACAUACUGAUGUUCAGCCCUGUGUCAUAACCACCAACAAUGCUUCAUGUAGAGGUGGUCCUGUGACUGACUCUGUGAUGAACCUGGUUUCAAAUAACAGUAUAGAAGAUAGUGAUAUGGAUUCAGAUGAUGAAAUUAUAACACUUUGCACAAGUUCCAGGAAAAGAAACAAACCCAAAUGGGAAGUGGAUGAAGAAAUCCUGCAGUUGGAAACACCUCCUAAGUACCAUACUCAGAUUGAUUAUGUCCACUGUCUUGUACCAGACCUCCUACAGAUCAAUAACAAUCCAUGUUACUGGGGUGUUAUGGAUAAAUAUGCAGCUGAAGCUCUACUAGAGGGAAAACCAGAGGGUACCUUUUUACUUCGAGACUCAGCACAGGAAGACUAUUUAUUCUCUGUUAGUUUUAGACGCUAUAGUCGUUCUCUUCACGCUAGAAUUGAACAGUGGAAUCACAAUUUUAGCUUUGAUGCACAUGAUCCUUGUGUCUUCCAUUCUCCUGACAUUACUGGGCUCCUAGAACAUUAUAAGGACCCAAGUGCCUGUAUGUUCUUUGAACCACUUUUAUCUACUCCUUUAAUUCGGACUUUCCCUUUUUCCCUGCAGCAUAUAUGCAGAACAGUUAUUUGUAAUUGUACAACUUAUGAUGGCAUUGAUGCCCUUCCGAUUCCUUCUUCUAUGAAAUUAUAUCUGAAGGAAUACCACUAUAAAUCAAAAGUUAGAGUACUCAGGAUUGAUGCACCAGAACAACAGUGCUAGGAAAAGUGUAGCUAUAUGAGAAUGAUUAUAUACAUAUUUUCAUUUAAUAUUUUAUUUUUUUUAUACCACUUUGAAUUUUUCUACAAGGGCAGUUGAAAUCCAAAAUAAAUCUCUGCCCUAAAUUUUACUUCCAGAUCAGUUUAUUUUUCUUAUGAUAAUACUAAUUGUUUAAAGUUACAUACUAGGGGUUAAUGAAUAUUUUUGACCAUGUGUUUGGUUUUUGUUUUUACCAAAUAGAUUGUAUGAUUUUUUUUCUCUUUUCUUAAUUGUAAUUUGCAUAUGAUCCAGGGAUAUUUCGAAUUUGGUAGGCAAUGCAAAUACAGUUAAGUAAUUUAUAUUUAAUAUUUUCUUAAAAAAUAAUCUUAUGUUCUUUCCUAAUGUAAAUUCCUUUGUUAAUCUAUGCCAUUGGCAUUCCUAUACAUAAAAUGUAAUUUCCCUGUCCCCCUUUCAGAGUUGUUUUAAAAUUCUUCAGUAAAGCUGAGUGUUAUAAUUCACAAUCUAUACCAAUGUAAUUGAGUUUUGUAACCUAAUAAUAGGGACGCUAAAGGUAACAAAAUAGUUUAAAAUUAAACUUGAAGUGUUUGACAUUAAAUAUUAACUGUUACUAAAUUUGAUUGGGAAGAAUCAAAUGAGAACAUGAUUUUUGGAGGUGAGCUUAUUUUCUACACUGUGACAUGGUCAUUUGUUAUUUUUGAAUAGGUCUUCCACUCUCUUCAGAACAUAAAUAUUGUUUCUUUCUCAGUGGAAGCUUAAAAAGUAAUGAUAACACUAUCAGUAACUAGUAAUUACUAGCAUAUUUAAGUAACUAUGUGGUUUUUCUGUAUUUAUGAACUGUUGCUUCUAAUUAGCCUUUUUAUAGAAACUCUUGAGCCUGUUACUUUGGGGAAAUGCCACAAUAUUAUAAACAGCUACAGAUUGCCAUUGGUAACCAAGGAGGACCUAAGUAGUCUUCAUUAUUUUAAAUUGAGCUUGACUAAAGAUUCAAGAAGUAAACAUGGAGCUUAGUUUUUAAGAAGCUUAAUAUUGGUUUUGAUUUUUAGGUUUCAAAUACUUAUUCCUAUUUUCAGAAUUAACAUCUCUACUAUGGCUUCAACAAAGGGAAAACAUUUUGAGAGCUACAAGGCUUAUGCCAUACUGAACAGUACUGAGCACUGGGACUAAUUUUUUAAAAUUUAGUGUCUCAAUAGGGAAGUAUAUUUAGAAACAUCAUUAUCCCAGUAUAAUAAUGGUAAAUAGAGUGAUAGCCUAUCUAACUCUUCUUUUUUCUAAUAGUGCAUAAUUUCCUAGACCAUAGUUUCUUCUGGUGAGCUGUCUAGCCCUUUGUACAAAAUGACAUUUUUAAAUAUCAUAGUAAUUGAUUUCUUGAUGUUAAUUUAGAUCUAGUAAUAAGUGCUUCUACCUGGAUUGAAAGAAAUUUGACUCAACUUUCCAACUCAGAACAGGUGUUUCAUUGGUAUCAUUGCUUUUAUGUUGAAGUAGCAUUUCGCUCUCCUGCAGUUCUAUUAACAUAAAGAUGGCAUUUUUCAGUAAUAGUUUUAAAAUAAAUUUUUAACCAUUACCACAAAAUUAAACCAGGAAAAUCUCUGUUGCCAUGAUCUUCUAUCAUUUUUUUUCUCAGUGAUCUCAAGAUUGGCUUGGUUCCAGUGAGGGACAACUACUACUUACAGCACCUGUCUAUGGAGUAAUGAGGCUCAGGAUAUCAUUAACACCAACACCAGGAUAAAUAUCUCUUCUAAAGAUGAUAUUUCCCUUUUACAAAAGUAGAGAAGUCUCAUACUACCUCAUCCUUAUUGUGAUGCUUUUGUAGAUCACUGAGAAGCUUAUCUUGUUUACCAAUAGAACACUUCCUAAAUACCCGUUUUUGGUGAAGAACAUUAAUAGUAUAGUAAGAAUCUACCCGUGAUUAUAGUUUUUUAUCAGAAUUUGAUAAUGAGACUUUCUGUUUCUGUGAAACAAUUAUUGUUUUAAAUAUUUUUCUUUUAAAAAUAACUUUUUAUCAGUACAGAAAAAGCUAAGGGAUGACUACCUAACAAAUAUUCUGUUAGAGUAAUUUUAUAAAGAAAAAUGAAAUAUAAUUAUGUUGUCUUUUAUAAUGGUAAAAUUAAUGUUUAUAUGAAAAUCAAGAUCUAAGUAGCUUUUCAUAUAUUCAAACUGGUUGCUUGUGAUAUAUUUUCUCUGGCUUUCUUAUUUUUCCAACUUCAAGGUAUUAAUAGCUGUUAACAUUUUCAAAAUACUGCCACAUAUAUAGCCUUGAAGUAGAUCUAAUAAAUGAGAGCAGAGAAGAGACUCAUUUACUCUGAAAUGGUUUGUAUUUUUCCUUUGGUAUUUGCUACAGUGAAAAGAAAACUGGAAGUAGAAAUAUAAAGACUUGAGAAGGGAAUUGUUUACCAUGAAGGAAAAUGAAGAGUAAUAAUAAAUUAAUUUUUAAAGCAUUAAAGAACUGAAAUUUAGAAAGGUUAAUUUCUUCCUCAGUGACUUUGUGAGGACACAUUUGGGAGAGCAUCCAGUAUUCAGAAACUAAAUUUAAAAAUGUAAUAUAUAUAUUAUUGGAAUAUAUAACUAACAUGAUCAAGUUUUGAGAGGAACAUGAGGAAAGAUACAAAUGUAUCUAAAUAUAAAUUUUGUAACUAAGUUUGUUGGCAUUUGAAAAGUGUAAGUUCCAGAGUUGAGGGAGCAUUCAGCAUGGUGGAAAUGUAUAGAGCUUAUUGGUAAGAAAGGAUGGAGCUAAAAGAAACAAGAUAAAAUAUUAAAAUUAAGAAUUUAGGCGUCACCUCAGGGAAGAGCCUUGACAGUGAAAGGGAACUACUUAAUCGCUAAUAGCGGGUCUGGACUAGACACUUAACUGCGCUUUGGGAAUCAUCCUGCACUAAUCAGGAAAUAAACUUGACUUUUCUAUUUCUCAAGCUUUUUGGGACACCACCACCACCACCGUGCAUCUUUUUUUCUAAGCUACACAGCAUCUUGAUUCAUACUAUAAUUCCUGAAAUAUGCUGAAUGGUUUUGAUUUUGGGUUCCUUGAGCAUUUUUGCAUAAAGAAUCAUUUGAUCUUUCUAUAGCCAUGCCAUUCACUUAAAUAAUUCAUACAGGGGAUGACUUAAUUUAAAGGAAGACCUAAUAGGAAGAAGAUUAAAGGAAGCUUUUAGUCAGCCUGUGGCUAGAUUUAUUGAUUUGGUGAACAGAACUGUUUUCUUUCCUGAAUUUCGGCUAAUGGUCAAAGAAUGGCUUUCAGUUAAAGUUUUGACUUAUUAUAAAUAAUAUAAAGAAUGUCUUAGUAAUUAGAAAUCCUUUAAAAAGUAGAGCAAAUGCGGCAAAUAGGACUCACACAAAUUCCAUUUCUUUUUAUAAGAAAAAAAAAACAUUAUCAUUUAUUCAUGAGCCAAAGCCAUUAAGAAGAUAAAUCAAGUUAUCAGCUUCCUGUCUCUCUGAAGUUUGGAUCAUUUUAUAGACCCACAUAAUAGGUUUCUUCCUAUGAAACAAAAACCUUGAAACCUAACUCUUAUAAAUGUAUUCUUAGCUUUCAUUUAAAAUCUUUUCUGUCACUUUUAGCUAUGAAUAUAGCUAAAAUCUAUGUAAUCAAUAGAUUAUAUAUUGAUUUUGGUAGAGCAAAUUUCACAGGGAAGUAGACAUUACUUCUUGAGACAACGCAAGGAGAACAAUGUUUAAACGUAAGCCUGUGUGUUAAACUAUUUAGAACCCAAAUGAAUAAAAGAUUUUAAGUCAAGCAGAUUAUUGUUUCUAAUUUGGAAAACUUUACAAUUUUGGUUUUAACCAUAAUCAGCUUUAUAUUUAUUUUUGUUUCUAAAAAAGUGAAUGGAAAGCACAAAGUUUUUUUUCUUUUUUUAAUGGCCUACUAGAAGUGAGUAGUGGUCCAAGAGUCUGUCUAUACCAUUCUAAUACAUUAAGAUACUGGACACAUAAUGGAGGUAACUUUUCAAAUGGAUUCUUCUAAGUAGAAAUAUAGGCUAAUGGAUAUAACCCAACGGAAAGGGACUUGGAGCACAUGAAUCCUAUUUCAAAUAUAACCAGAGUCUAUUUUUUGUUUACUUUUUUUAAAUUUUCAAAUAGAUUGUCCUAAAUCUUUACCUUCAUCUAGCAUACAAAAUAGAUAAAUAAGACUUGUCACUUGACUUGCUGAAGGUCAGUUUUUCAUUUAAGAGGUGACCCUUGGAGCAUACUUGAAAAUAAUUUCUGUAAUUUCUGGAAAAUAAUGUGAUGAUAGAUUUCCAAAGUAUCCCUUAGUGGACCCUGCAAAUUCACAUUCACUUCUAGUCUGGAAUAGGUUUUCUUGGCUUGGUUUGACAAUAGAGAUAACAAUACAAUUUGGAUUUAUGGUUUAGACUGCAAUUGGAUGAGCAAUUCCAAUUUCCUCCUACCCUUAAUAAGGUUUAUGUAAAAUUGAUGUUUGCCUAAGUUAUUUUAAAGGUUGAUUAUAUUUGCAGAAAGUAAAGAUAAUCACUUUUGCUGUGGUUAUAAUCAAAUCUAAGCUUUCAGACUUAAAACUUGAGGUUUACUUAUAUUAUGCUGACUUUGCUAGGAUUGAAUAAAUUCUGUGUAAACCAAGUAUGAACUUGAUAUAUACUUGAAUAUACAGAGUGUAAGUAGUAACUUCACAGUUGUUAGUACUCUUGUCAAUCAGGCUUGUGUGAUCCUCCCGUACUCAAAAUGAAGUAGUCUGUUUAUAUUUUUAUUUCUAAUCCUGGAGUUGAAUGUUUCUUCUUAGAUGUGAGUUCAAAUAAAUGGAUCUGAAUAAAUUUUCACUUCUUAAUUAAACUUCAUAUAUAAAAUACAAA